CUUAACGGCAUCAUCAGCGAGGGCAGAGAGCAAAUAGACAGGAUCAGAUAAACACAGUGACUCAGCGAUGAAGAUCCUGCUCCUGAUCCUCACCCUCUACGUCAUCUCAGAUGCUUGUUGUGUGAAGUCAGUGACAAUGACUGGACAUCUGAACAAGGAGAUCAGCAUCAGCUGUGACUAUACAGAGGAGCAUAAGGAAAAAUGGAAGUAUUUGUACAAACUGAAAAGUCACUCAGCUGAUGUGGUGAUUUAUACUUCUCCUGGUAGAAACUACGAGAAAAACAAUUUUUACAUCUUUGAUGAUCAACAUUCAAACCUUUUCACUGUGAACAUCCAUCAUUUGAAAAAAGAGGAUGGUGGGGUUUAUUUCUGUGGUGUACAGACUAGUGGACGCCUAAUCAACAUCAGCUCUACAAUCAAAACUGUACAUUUACGUGUUGCUGAUAAAGUUCUGAGUUCAGUUAGAGUGACUGGAUUCUUAGGAGGACGCAUCAUGAUGAAGUGUCGACACCCUCUGGAAAACCCUAGAGCCAGAUUCCUCUGUAGGGAAUCACAAGGGGAAUGUCCAGAGAAGACAUACACCAAUGUCCAGAAUGAAUGGCAGCAGAAUGGAGGACUUUCUCUGUAUGACGACACCAGUGGAGAGUCCUUAAUGGUGUUCUUCAGAAAUCUGUCAGAAGGGACCUACAGGUGUGGAGUGGACGUAUCAGAGUUUACUGAGGAGUACAUGGAAGUGAAAGUGGAGGUGAAGGAAGAUCCUUGUUGUGUAAAGAUCAUCUCACAGGCUUGUAAUAUCGGUGACACUCUCACAAUCACCUGUGAGCACCCACCAACACUCAGAGCCAAUCUAAAGCACUUCUGUAAAGAGGACGAGAAUCUCAUCUGCCAAGACAUCAGAGCUGUAGGGAAAUAUUCUUUAUCUGACCACAGCCAACCAGGACUCUUCACAGUGACCAUCAGCAAUCUGACCCUCAGUGAUGCUGGAGUGUACUGGUGUGGAGUAGACACCAGUGAAAGAGACAUUACUUACACUUCCCUGACCACAAAAGUGCAAAUCAGUAUUAUCUGUAAGUACACAGACCUUUUCAUCUAA